AGAAAAACUGGUCGCAUCGCUCGAAAUUCCGUCUGACAUAACUUUUUAUAGUAGUCAAAAGAAUAUCAUAGUUUGUAAGCAAAACAAACGUAGACGUCGGCCACUCACACUAUGAGGGUUUGUCGGUUUGAACAACGGAGAGGCGAUACGUACACAUACCGCGUUUAUGUGUCGAUAGUGUGUCAUAUAGUCUCACGUAUUCACCACCUGUUUACGUUUAUAGCAUGUUUCGUGAGGAGUACUUUGCGUUUCGUACAAAAAGCGGUCGUCAGAUGGGAUGGGUUUGAUGCAAAAUACAUACAAACGUUGUCUGUCAACGAUAAAAACGUGGACAUCAGAUACUGGAAUUCGAAAAUUGGUAACGAUAAGUCGAUAAAAAUAAAAUUCAAUCACGAAUACGAACUAUCAAAACAUUGGAUUCCGGAUUUGCCUUUAAAAGUGAUCAUACACGGAUGGCUCGACUCCAUCAUACACGAGGAUGGCGUGUCUUGUAUCAAAACAGCUUACGUAAAGGUCGGCGGAUACAACGUGAUAACCGUGGACUGGGGUGGCAUAGCAUCAUUCCGGAAUUACUUGUUGCCGGUAUUGAUGACGUCAAAAAUAGGGGCCAGACUGUCCAGGGUGUUGAAAAAUAUCGUGGACCUCGGCGUCAUCAAACCAGCGGACAUACACCUGAUAGGGCACAGCCUUGGUGCCCACAUUGCUGGAGUGUGUGGGUCCCUUAUGAAGUCGGGCAAGAUAGGAAGGAUAACGGGUCUUGAUCCUGCGGGGCCGGGCUUUGAGUUUGCAAAGCUGCAGAAAAAAGGACUGAAAAAAUCGGACGCUCUGUUCGUGGACGUUAUCCACACGGCGGGUGGAUCCACGGGCAUUUAUCACUCGGUGGGGCACGCAGACUUCUUCCCGAACGGCGGCAGUGUGCCUCAACCUGGCUGCUACGACGGUAUGAAGCUCGAAAGGAUAUUCGGACUCGGAUGAGAGGUGAUUUUUAUCUGAUAACCAAAAGUAGUGCUCCUUUCGAUGAACCGGAUGAAAUGAAGGAAGACCUCUGAAGUUGUAUCCUCUUCACAUUACUGAAGAGGUUAAGUAACCGUGUACUGGCAGUGAAGACUCCAUUUGUUGACAUUUCAAGUUAAGAUUAACAACCAUAUCUUAGCAAUAUUAAUUUGUUAUUAGCACCAAAAAUAAACUAUUAAUAUUUUUAUGUCAAGUUUCAAGGGAACUAAUAUUUUAAUCUUGUGAUGGUAAACCGAUUUGACUUAUUCUUAAUUGUGUUAUUAUUUAUUAUUUUUAAUGUAAUUUAUUAUGUUUAUUGUUUAAAUUAAAUUAUUUAAAUUUCUGUUAUUUUUGUUAAAAACAUUUUGUGGAUGUACACAAGUUGUUAACUUGUUAAUAAAUGCGAGUGUAACGAAACUUCGUUUGGUUUUUAAUACAUUCAGGAGACUUAGCACAAUCGCAUUUUAUGUUCUGUAGCAGUACGUGACCAGAAAACUUGGGACACUACGCAUUAUAAAAUAAUUGGUG